GGCAAAGAUGUACACUGCUGCUGCUGCUGCUUCUCUGCCUCGCAUUUUCCCGUGAAAAUAAAUACAUUCUGGAGAAUCUCCCACGCUCACUCUCUGGCAGCAGCUCCUCCUCUGCCCGCUUCUAGAUUUUCGCAUUUCGCAACUCGCUGAUUUUUCCGGGCCAUGGGUUUGCGGGAUACGUUCCGUUUACGGCCGGAUAGCCCCGGUCGGGAUAAGUGCAGCAUUGAGAUGCGACAUCGUAGUCCAAAGACAGGAUGCCAGCACAACCAGGUGGCCGCUGUCCAGGUCACCGAGCAAUCCCUUCAAGUGUGGCGUGCUUUGCCCGCCGAAAUACGACAUGAUCCCAGCAUGGCUAGUUUUCAAAUGGAGAAUGAGAGGAUUCAUGGUUCCUCCGCUGGCGGCAGUGACGAUGACGAUGAGGAGGAGGAGGACUACGAUGGCUAUAAUGAGGUGGACAAGAGGAACAAUGGUCGCCUGCAGGACGAACCGGGUUCCAGUUAUGCUGGCUCUGAUUUCUUGGAUAUUAAGCAUCGGCCGGGUGACGAAAAUGCCACCGAUGACGAGGCCACCACCCAUUCCGACCACGAGCCAGCCAAUGGUCCUGGUAAUGCCAAAACCCAGGCCAGACGACUGCAUCACAAAUCGAAGCGUUCCAAAGAGCAGCGUCAACGGGACAAGCUCUGGAAGCGAGGUGGCCUGCUCAUCUUCUGGCUGCUGGCCGCCGUGGUGCUCAUCUCUGUGGGAGAGAAGCAUCUGCUGGAGAAAACCAUAGAUGUGCCGCAGGGCGAGCAGGGAAAGUUUUUCAAGCUGCUGCAAAAACCAACUGGCGAUUUUCGUUUGAAAAUCCAUGGGGCUUUCAGGGAACUUUCCACGCGCAAUGCAGCUGAAAAUGAGACCGAGAGUUUCGGAUUUCUGACGGUGCAGCCGCAGGUGUCCGCUUACCUGGGCGAGAAUCGCAGCAAGGUAUUUCAGGACAUUCUUCCAGCUUGGCGCCUGCCUCUGCUCUCCGAGGAGGAACUGGAACGUGCUCCGGCGGUGGCCAGUAAUCGCACCUACCUAAUGACCGAGGAGCUGAGUGAAAAACUAUCCGAGAAGAACAGCGAAUUCCGUUUGCAUAUCUACAGUGAUGUGGAAACAGAUCUGGCCAUAGUCCUCAACUAUAAUCCUUUGAUAGUGAAUGCCAGAACGGGCAGCAUCCUAGCUGGCCUGAUCCUGCUGAUAUUCUAUGCCCUGCUGGUAUGGGAGCUCUUCGAGAGACCCUUUGUGGCCAUGAUCUGCUCCAUUCUCUCAGUGACGGCUCUAGCCUGCUUUAAUGAUCGUCCCAAUAUGGAUGAGAUUAUCCAGUGGAUGGACAUGGAGCUGCUUACCCUGCUCUUCUGCAUGAUGCUCAUUAUUCUGAUACUGACCGAGACUGGGGUCUUCGAUUACCUGGCCGUGUUUUGCUUCGAGAUCUCCGGCGGCAAGAUUUGGCCCAUGAUAUAUAGCCUCUGCUUGGUCACCUGCCUGGUGUCCAGUGUGCUUGAUAACAUGACCACUGUGCUCCUGCUCACCCCUGUGGCUAUCAGGCUGUGCGAGGUAAUGCAACUGGAUCCGCUGCCCGUGGUUAUGGGUAUUAUAGUGCAUGCCAAUAUCGGAGGAGCUCUGACCCCCAUUGGGGAUCCCAUUAGCAUUAUAGUCAGCACUAAUCAUUUUAUAGUGGAGAGUGAUGUCACCUUCUUGACCUUCGUGGCCCACACCUUUCCGGGCGUCCUCUUGGCCGUUGUCCAGAGCUGUGUCUAUCUGCGCCUCUUCUAUCACAACAUUGAUGCCUUGCGCCUAAAUGAACCCAAGGAGAUGAGUGAACUGAGGCGGGAGAUCAAGGUGUGGCAACGGGCUCUCAAUGCCGUGGCUUCCUGCUCCAAGGAUGCCCAGUUGGUACGAGGAACGCUUCAGGGUAAAGUCAAGGCAUUAAAGAGGAAUCUCCGGCGUUUGCAGAAGGGUGUGGGAUCCUCUGAGGUCUAUACCCAUACACUGGAUGAGCUGAAGCAGAAGUAUCCCAUCAAAAACAAGACGCUGCUCUUUCAGUCCGCCGGAGCCCUGAUCUUUGUCAUCGUUUGCUUCUUCAUCCAGUCUGUGCCGCACUGGAGGACCCUGCCCCUGGGCUGGGUGGCCCUGCUGGGUGUUAUCCUGCUGUUGAUUAUCCUAAAUCGCGAUGACAUGGAGCACCUGAUGCACCGCAUCGAAUGGACCACGCUGCUCUUCUUCGCCGCCAUGUUCGUGAUGAUGGAGUGCGUGGAGCGUCUGGGGAUCUUUUCCUGCAUUGGCGAGCUCACCGAGCAUGUGAUCCUCUCGGUUAGCUUGGGCAACCGCCUGGCUAUGGCUAUAUUCAUGAUCCUCUGGAUGUCGGCCCUGGCCUCAGCCAUUUUGGACAGCAUUCCAGUGACGGCUAUGAUGGUGAAGCUGGUAACAUCGCUGGUGGCAAAGCCUUCGCUGGGCUUGCCACUCGAGCCCCUCAUUUGGGCCGUCACCCUGGGAGCCUCGAUGGGAGGCAAUGGAACGCUAUAUGGAGCAUCGGCCAAUGUAAUUGCAGCGGGUAUAGCGGAGCAACAUGGCUAUAAGCUCUCCUUCACCCGAUAUCUGCGCACCGUGUUCCCCAUGAUGCUGGGACAGAUCACCUUGAUGACGGCCUACCUGCUGGUGGCCCACAUUGUCUUUGAGUGGCACUGAGAUGCUCUAUUCCACCUAAUAAUAUGUUUAUAAAUUAUAUCUAAAGGAAAUUAUGUUAUUUUACCUCAAUUUCGUUGUGGUUUUGACCUUUUACAUUCGACUCUUGGUGUGUGUUUUCUAAAUAAUAU